AUGGGUGAGGCGGACAAAUACAUGCAGGGCGAUCCCCAGCAGCAACACCAGAACCAGGGCCAGAGUCAAUACCAGAACCACAAUACCAAUAACGCCUAUAAUCCACCGUAUAAUGGCAAUCAACAGCCUGUGAACGGCUAUCAGGAUCAUCCAUACGGCCCGCCUCCGCCUUACAGCUUCAACCCUCCACAAGCCCACGACGAGAAAUACUCGUUCAACGAUGCAUUCAAGCUCGAAAAGCCCAAGUACAACGAUUGGUGGGCAGGAAUUCUUUUCCUCGUUGCUUUCGCAGGAUAUGUGGCCAUCUCGGGUCUCGCUAUCCACGGCUACACCAAGGGCUUUAGUGGCGACGGCAUCUACGAUGACUUGAACAGCUUUUCGCUCAAUAGCAAUACCAUCAUCUUAUUUGCCUUUUGCCUGGUUAUCGCCUUUGUCUUCUCAAUCGGUUACGUCUGGCUUGCGCGCCUCUUCCCCAAGGCGUUCAUCUGGAUCACUGGCAUCCUCAACCUUGCCUGGGCACUCGGUACAGCCAUAUACUAUCUAAUUGUGGGAUACUGGUCUGCAGGCAUAGUGUUCCUCAUCUUUGCCGUCUUCCUCAUAUUCGCUUUUUGGACCUGGAUUGGCCGGAUCCCCUUCUCGGCACUAAUGCUCAAAACGAGCAUUGACGUGAGCAAAAAAUACGGCCACGUCUAUAUCGUCAGUCUCAUUGGAGGCUUCUUUGCAACGGCAUUGGCUGCUUGGUUUUCGGUUACUCUUGUCGCAAUCUACGUUUCCUACGAACCUUCGCCAGACAACCCGCGAUGCUCUGUCUCAGGAAACAACUGUAGCCACGGCAAGGUGAUUGGUCUGGUCGUCUAUGUGACGUUCGCCAUGUUUUGGAUCUCUGAGUGGCUAAAGAAUACCGUCCAUACCAUUAUCGCCGGUGUUUAUGGAUCUUGGUACUUCUCGCCGCAUAAUUUCCCCAAAAAGGCCACUCGCGGCGCCGCCAAGAGAGCACUCACCUACAGCUUUGGCUCUAUCUGCUUCGGCAGUCUCAUUGUAGCCUUUAUCCAAUUUCUGAAGCAGGUGUGCAGUGUCCUUCGAUCACAAGGCGCCAACGAGGGCGGUGCGGCCGGCUGGAUUACCUAUGCUAUUUUCUGCGUCCUCAGCUGUAUAUUGGCCAUCGUCGAAUGGGCUGUAGAAUUUGUCAAUCGAUACGCGUUUUGCCAUAUUGCCCUCUAUGGCAAAGCCUAUAUCGCCUCCGCCAAAGAUACCUGGAGAAUGAUUAAGGAUCGUGGCAUCGACGCUCUGGUCAACGAUUGUCUUGUUGGUCCAGUUCUCUCCUUCGGUGCCAUAUUCAUCGGCUAUGCAUGCGCCCUCUUUGCGUAUUUGUAUCUUCUCGAGACCGACCCCCCGUAUAACAGUGAUGGAGGCUUUACUGCCGUCAUUAUGGCUUACGCGUUUUUGAUUGGCUUCCAGAUUGGGCAUGUUUUCACGACCCCUCUUGGCAGCGGUAUUGACACCAUCUUUGUUGCUGCUGGCUGGGACCCUCAGGUCAUGAUAAGAGACCACCCUGAGCUAUAUCAUGAGAUGGUCAGGGUCUACCCAAGAGUUCAACAAGCCAUCCAUUGA